UUCCACUUCUGUUUAUGAUGAAAUUGGUGGACAUUUUUCACUGUUGAUGGUCUGCUAAUCGCUUUCUUACUUGUCAUCAGUCACUAGAGCGAGAGAGAGAGAGAGAGAGAUGGCAGCAACACCGUUGAUACCUCAAAAUCCAAUGCCCGGAAACCCUAAUUUGGAUGGGAACCAGCAGCCACCACCACCUCCGGGGACGGACAUGACCGGAAUCUGUUUCAGGGAUCAGUUGUGGUUGAAUACAUACCCUCUCGAUCGAAAUCUCGUGUUUGAUUACUUUGCAUUAUCGCCUUUUUACGAUUGGAGCUGUAACAAUGAACAGUUGCGGAUGCGUGCCAUACACCCACUUGAUAUCCCCAACCUCUCGAAAAUGACAGGCACUGAAUACAUGCUGAGUGAGGUAAUGGAGCCACACCUCUUUGUUAUUAGAAAGCAAAAGAGAGAUAGUCCCGAGAAAGUCACACCCAUGCUUACUUACUAUGUCCUGGAUGGUUCGAUUUACCAAGCACCACAGCUUUGCAAUGUCUUUGCAGCUCGCAUUGGACGGGCUCUUUAUCAUAUAUCAAAGGCAUUCACCACUGCUGCCUCAAAGUUGGAGAAGAUUGGAUAUGUUGAUGCUGAAAAUGAGGGUUCAGCAAUUGAACCAAAGGUUGGAAAGGAGAUAAUUGACUUCAAGGAAGUCAAAAGGGUAGAUCACAUUCUUGCAGCAUUACAGCGCAAGAACUUCUGUGUGACUGAUCACAGUGAUGGGUUGGUGUUCGAUCCAACGCCUCCUUGCGGUGUGAAGCCCAGGAGGAUCUUCAUUCUUCAAGUAUUCUUUUCCUUUCCAAGCUUCCUCAGCUCCCACCAGCCCCACCACCACCUCCUUUCCCUGAAGGUUAUGCUCCACCCGUGGCACCUGAAGCAGAGAAAGGCCCUGAAACACAGCAAGCAGCAGAAGCACAACCUCCUACUCUUGAUCCCAUUAUUGACCAAGGUCCAUCGAAAAGGAUGAAACUUUAGGUACAGAUUGAUUUCCACCCCCAACCCAAAAUGCGGAUGGGAAAGGUUUACAGAGUAGGGUCAAGAAACUAAAUGAUAUGAUAUAGGUCAAUGGAGCCUUCACUUGAAAACUAACGUAGAAGAUGUAGAGCCCUCACUGUAAUUUCUAUUAAACUCUUCUGUAAGGCCUUUCCUUUUCUUUUCUAUCUAAAUUAAAUGGCCUUUGUUGUAGUGAGAUAUGUAAAUUUUUAUGAGAUGAAUCUGUUGACUUAAGAAUAGUGACUACAUAGAAAAGAAGUACAUAUCUUCUGCUUUUCAA